CAAGCUCUUCACUCAAUGGUGGCUCCCACUACCCCCCCGCAACCAUCACCGGAACCCUCGUCCUCGUUUACGGAUUUACCGACGAAUCCAGCUGGUUUUUCAUCGCUGCAAUUUCAGAUUAAUGGCAAACAAUGCCGUGUUUCUUCCGUUCAAGACAAUGAUACCAUCUAUUUGGGUAAUAUAUGCAAGACAUGGAAAUUAGAAGCUCUAAAAGAUAAGCUGAGACAUUAUGGGGUUAGAAAUUUUGAGAACCUGGCUUUAGUAGAAGACAGUAACAAUGAAGGAAUGAACCGUGGAUUUGCAAUUUUGGAUUUUUCAUCUCAUUCUAAGGCUAGGAAAGCCUAUACGCAACUACAGAAGAGAGAUGAAUUUUUCAUUAAUCUGAACACGGUGAGCUGGAGGAACCAGCUGGAUUCGCCGGUAAAUUCGUGAACGAGAGCGAGGAUU